UCUAUUUUGCUAAAACGACACUUAUUUUGGAAUGGAGGGAGUAUUAUGACUUAUGACCAUAAAACUCUUUGGUUCGUUGAGCUGAAGUUCAUCAGUUUCCUUUCGCUACCCAAAAGUCAAAAUCAAAACCUGAUCUAUUGAUUCUCAAUACUAAAUUAAUCAAUCCCUCUGGUUGAGUUUGGUGUUUCAUUGGGGACACCAACAAUGGAUUUCCGCGGGUUAUCUUCGGAUGUUAGGAAAGUGCUCAAGGAAGGCAGUUUUCUGGGGAGUAAGAAUAACAGCGGUGCAUAUCCGUAUGAUCUUGCGAUUUUGUUCGCGAGGAUUUGGUUUCUCAAAGCUGAGAUUUUUGUCCACUCGAAGACCCUCACUACAUCAGUGGAGGAUUUCUUCGAAUCCCUUCAUGAGGGAUCCAGAUUUCUGCUCAAAUCAUUUGGUGGGCAGUUGAAGGAGAAGGCCGAAAUUCAGACCCUGAAGCUGAUUGAAGGAAUGCCUGGACAGGUGGAGUCUCUCUAUAAGUCCUCUCAAUCUGAGGCUUUGGUCGAAAACCACCAAAUAAGGGACUUACUCUAUCGGUUCCUCGUACAGCUCAAGUUAUUCAAGGCAGAUGCGCUCUUAUCGGGGGAAAUACUCAACCAGAAAGAAGAAGUCAGCCCUUUGAAGAAGCAAAUAGGAACUCUUCAGGAAGGCCUAGCCUAUUUGAUCAAAUCAGAUGUUAAUCAUCCAAGAAAGAAAGAAUAUUCAGAGGAUGAGAAGUUGAUCUUGGCAGAUAUUGAAAGACUGGCUGCUGGUGUUUCAUUUCUGUGUGAUUCCUGUCCUGCUGACAGUAUGGAACUUCAGCUUUCUAAUUUGCAGGGGAAAGUUCAGGGUUUAAAAUUAAAGCUCACAGAUCUUUACUUCCAGAAUCCCAGCUCAAAUUUCCCCAAAAUGCCUGGGUUGGCUCCCAUUAAAUCCCUCUUGCAAAAAUUACAACAGCUGCGUAAGCUAGCUCAUGAGUCUGUAGAAUGUGCAACCUAUCAAAUUGAAGCCAUUCAUGGAGAGUUGGAGCUCAUAAUUUGUAACUACGGCCAUAGCCUUGAGAAUGAAAAAAGCGCGGAUGAUAUCCGUGCCCGGUUAGUUAAUGCUGCUUACGAGGUUCAACAUGUGAUCGACUUAAUGGUUAGUGGGAGUGGCGGGGAGUCCCAACAGUUGCUGUGGCUUUUUCAUCUGUCGGAAGAGAUUAUACAUGUUAAAAACCAGCUGCGUGAUUGUUUCAAGAACAGGAACAAAGGCUUGCAUCCGUCAGAAUUGAUCACACAUGCCGAGGACAAGACCGCUUCUCACGGGUUGAAGCCUAUAGUAUCAAAGCACGCCACCCAUAGCGCUGAGAAAAUUAUGGUGGGUUUUGAUAGUGAUAAAGCAUUUAUACUUAAUGAGCUUAUUCACGGAGGAAGCCAUCUAGAUGUUGUUUCCAUUGUUGGAAUGGGAGGCAUUGGUAAAACCACUUUAGCCAAAAAUGUAUUCGAAAGUCUUAAAAUUGUGCAUCACUUUCAUACUCGGGUGUGGUGUUGCGUUUCUCAAACAUAUGUAAAAAAGAGAGACUUGUUGCUUGGUGUUUUAAGACAACUUUUGGAGUUCACAGAUAAUACCCUUGAGAUGGAAGAUCAAUUUAUAGAAGAGUUGCUGCAUAAAUUCUUAAAAGGAAAAAGAUACCUCAUCGUCAUGGAUGAUGUGUGGCAUCAUUCAGCAUGGGCUGACUUGCGGAAUUCGCUUCCAGAUGAUCUGUGUGGAAGUAGGAUUUUGAUAACUAGUCGCUUUCUGGAGUUUCCCAAACCUCAUCAUCUUCAUCUGCUCUCUGAUGAUGAAAGUUGGGAAUUGCUUAAGAAGAAGGUAUUUGGUUACAGAUGGUGGCCUGAAGAGUUUUUGAAAUUUGGUCAGCAAAUCGCUAAAACUUGCAAGGGACUACCCCUUGCUAUUAAUACAGUUUCUGGCCUUCUUGGUGCGACAGAUGAGGAUAAGUGGCAAGAGAUUGCAGAACGUUUGAGCAUAACGAAAGCUAUGAGUGCUACAGAACAUGUGAUGACAGCACUUGAAUUAAGCUACCAGCAUCUGCCAGAUAAUUUGAAAGAAUGCUUCCUUUAUUUUGUAGUAUGUGCAGAAGAUGAGGAUUUUUCAGUCCGGAAAUUGUUAUGGCUAUGGAUUGCAGAAGGCUUUAUAACUGAUGAGAAGUCCAGGACCUUAGAAGAUCUUGCUAAGGAGUGCUUUAUGCAGCUAAUUGGGACAAACUUAAUUAUGGUUGCCAAAAAGAAAUCUAAUGGUGAGGUAAAAAGAUGCAGAGUUCAUGAUCUAGUACUCGAUUUCUGCAAGAGGAAAGCUAAAGAAGCAAAUUUUAUGCAGCUGAUAUCUGGUGAACCUUCUUCUGUGCUUCAUGAUGAGCAUUAUAAUCCUUCAGCUUCCUCAAAUUCUGAGCAGUAUCGACUUUCCAUCAGUGGAGAUCCAGAAGGAUUCAUUGUAUCAAAGCCUAGUGGCCCAUUUGUCCGUUCGCUUCUGUUUUUUACUGCAAAUCAAAUGUACCCAGGAUGCCACAGUGAUGUGUCAUUCAUUUUCAGCAACUUCAAACUUCUCAAGGUGUUGGAUUUAGAGUUUAUCAAUGCUGGUAAUACAUUGGAAGUGGGACUCGAUUUACCAGUUCAUCUGAGGUAUUUCGCUGUUGGUGGUGAUAUGGAUUCUAUUCCAUCAUCUUUGUUCAAACUGCAGAAUCUGGAGACUUUGGUUGUUACGGGUUUGAUGAAUAAGUUUGUUUUGCCAGAUACCAUUUGGAGCAUGGCAAAAUUGCGUCAUCUUCGUAUUACUAAUCACUGCAUCUUCACCUUGCAGUAUAACAAAAACAGGAGCUACUCUAAAUUAGAUAGCUUAGUAUCACUUACCAUGCCCUCAUUUAUUUGUGGGGAGGAAACGAACAACAUAGUGACGAGGUUUCCCCAUAUUCGAAAGCUGAAAUGCAAAGUUUUAGAACCACUAGUCGGUUCUAUGCUAGUGCCCCAAUUUCCUGCCUUGGGAUCUCUCCACCAGUUGGAGACUCUGGUGAUAACGUACUACGGAAGGCCUCUCAAAACUUGUGAAUUCAACUUGCCGUCAAGUCUAAAGAAGCUGACUCUAUCAAAUUUCCGCCUGCAAUGGAUUCAUAUUUCAGAUAUUGGGAGAUUACCUAAGCUUGAGAUCCUUAAAUUGAUUUCUGGGGCCUUUGUGGGGUCAAGGUGGAAUAUGGAAGAAGGGGAAUUUUUAAACCUCAAAUACUUGAAAUUAGACUCCCUAGAUAUUGUCCAAUGGGAUGCUCCCCGCGAUAUCCUGCCUUGUCUUGAGCAGCUAGUGUUACGAAAUUGUAAGCAGCUUGGGGAGGUUCCUGUUGGUUUCGCGGAUAUCUCCACCUUGCAGAAAAUUGAAGUUCAUCAGUGUGGAGUUUCUGUUGAAGAGUCAGUUAGAAGGAUUGUUGAGCAACAGUUGGAGUUUGGCAACGAGGACAUUAUCAGUGUAUUUCCUUGACUGUGGAUUUUCCACUCUUGGCAAGUAAGUAAUUUUAAUCCUGUUGAUCAAGCUACUUCCAUGAUAUUUUUUUUUUUUCUUAAAAAGGAAGUUCUUCAGUUUACUGUUGCUUCAGUUGGGUUACACAUUUCUGCUGUUUAAGUUUCAUCACCUUUGCUUGUCUCUUUUGUAUUUGAUUUCCCUCUAGCUGCAACUUUUAUCUUUAAUGGUCAUCUAUGGUUAUCUUUAAUGGUCACAUUUCCGCUGUUUAAGUUUCAUCACCUUUAGUUUUAUCCCUUCUUUGUGCCGACGAGAGUGAUCAAACACAAUCUUUUACCUUUUUGGCUUAUUGCUCAUCUUCUUCCAUUAUCCGUAAUUCCGUAGGAUUAUUUUUACCUAGCUAGAAAAAAGCUUUAAGGAGAAACUUUUAACUUCACUCCUGAUUUCUCGUUAAAACGAUGAGAGUGCUAAAUCUGCAGCAAUACAGGCACAUUAUGGAUGGUCAAAUGGUAAAAGAAAUGGACCGAAAUAAUUACUGCAGCAAUGAUAUAAGAUGUGUUUGUCAUAGUUUUUCGGCAGAAACUGCUAAAACUUUCCCAGCCAAAUGAGUAUCUGUGACUAUUUUUUGUAUGUUUUCCCUUCAGGAAAAGGAAAAAAGGGGUUGAUCGUGGGAAAAACAUGCACAUCUCAACCACAUGAUGUUUGUGAUAAGAUACAUCGAUAUGACUCAAGCGAGCAACCAAAAUGAGAUGACAAAGACUGUCUGCCAAGGGCUUGUCAAACACCAGAUAUACACGAGAAACAUCAAAGAAGUGACUUAUAACCGGUAGCUGGCCAUAAGUUGGCUCCAACAAUUCAAUGUCUGAGGUCGAUGCUCCACCAGUUGUACGAAGAUGUCCCAUGAGGCUGGACCAAGAGGUAGCUGUAACAUUUUCUGCUUAAAAAACUGCAGAAUGAUGACAAUAAGCAAGAGCUAGUGCUGCCAUUCAUCAGUGGAUCAAUGCACAAGGAUAGGAAGUUAAAGCUCAGCUGCAAUCUUUGUGUUAUAUUUCGGAUUUCAAGUACGUCGCAAAAGGUUUUCCUUUUUUGGUUUUACUUCUGAUAUAUUAUCCAAACAAAAUAAAUAAAUAAAAUUACUCUGUAUUUGGACUUGCGAAUGAAAAUUUUCCAAAAAAAGAAAGCAAUUAGAUGAUCAUAUAUAUUCCUUAUAUUUGGAAUUCUGAAUGUCUUUUUACCUGUCAUUAUGAUAGAGUCCAUAAAUUUGUGUUUUAAUUGUUCUUAUUAUACUAGUUUAUAGAUUUGGAUGGGUUUAAUUCAUUAGUUUUGUUAUUAUUUCUUGUUAGAAGCUGGAAAUAAGAUAUUGGAGCUGUUUUGGAUAAUUUUGCACGAUCAAGGACUUAAAUACAAAAUUGAAGAAGUUUUGGGGCAAAAGUAAAAAUACUACAAACUUGAGGGACCAAAGAUGCAAAUCGUGGACUAAUUCUUCUCUUCCAGCGGCUGACCUAAAUUUCCCAUAUAAAUAUACUUUUAGUUUUAUUUUAGAGAGCAGUCGUGCAUAGGCCAAAGGCUAGCACCUCAAACCUUUUAUUUCUUCCAAUUUUUCUUGAAUUUCUAUGGAGAAUAAAGCCGCC